AUGCCGCGGGCAAGGGGGCCUCCUCCUGCCCUCGAAGGCGUCUUCCUGACGUCGAACAAACCGUGGCAGCGAGACUUCCUGCAGGGGCAGCCGGAGCAACAGGACUGGCGACAAGUGUCGCAGGAAUUGCAACAGGGGUCGCAGGACCAAUCGGCAGUCUCUCAUGGCACCUUUAUGCCUCCUGACGACCCCUGGUACAGCACACCCUCUUCUGCCUUCGCUUCGGCUCCGCCUACACCGCCCUCCCCGAGGCAGCCGCGGCAGAAGGAGCAGGAAAGUCAUUGGCGUCCUUCCGCACAGAAGACGGCUGCGGAAGGCGGAAGACGCCUUGCGGAGGGAGGCGCCGGAUGCGGCCUUCGCCCUAUUGAUUGGGACCGUCAAAAUCUACCCCCCAUUCAUCCCGUGUCUGAGCUGCCAGUGGACAGCGAUGCCGAGGGAGGCGCAGCUGCAGCGCUUGCUGCGGAGGAGAUGCAGCGACUUGGCAUCACAGUGGAAGGCCUCCCCCCGCUGCCUCGGUUGGUGCCGUCCUUCGAAGCGGCAGGAAUUUCUCCGACGCUCGUGCAAGCGCUGCUCUCGCUCUCCCUGGUAUCUCCCUCACCAAUCCAGCGCAUCGGGUGGCCAUGCUGCUUCUCUGGAAGAGACGUGAUCGCCGUCUCGCAGACGGGCAGCGGCAAAACGCUAGGCUUUCUCAUUCCUGCGCUCAUGCACAUCCAGCAGCAGCAGCAGCGGAGCGAAGGAGAAGGGCGUCGGGCCGCUAGUCAGCAGGCAGGCGUGCCUACUGUGUUGGUACUUGCACCUACUAGGGAGCUGGUGGUUCAGAUCAAUACAGAGAGUCAGCGGAUCUUGCGCGCGGCAGCUGCUUCGUCCAAAACAGAGGGGCUGGGAGACGUCUCAGCAGCCCCCAAAGGAGCUUCUGGAAAGGCGGCGGCUGCUGCUGCCCUUGCACGAAGUGUGGCGAUCUAUGGAGGCGCGUCGAGGCCGCAACAAAUUCUGCAGCUCAAACUCGGAGCCGACAUUGUCGUUGCAACGCCAGGCCGGUGA